AUGCUAUCAACAUUUGAUGAGCGGAAGCCUUCAGCCCGAUCUCUAUUGGGCCUGGCUAUGUCCAUAUAUGGCCGUAUUAGCGUGUUCGCGUUCUCUUAUACGCUCUCUCGGCUUCUAUUUGCUCUGGUACUCAUACCACCAUAUCUUGUCAAAAUUUCGUUUCAGGUGCUGCCGACUAUUCUCAAUAAUGCUAGUUGUUUGUUGUCUGCCAAAGGUCUGGGGCGACUAGUGACAGACACAGCUCGAUACCGAGCUCACGCACAGCACAUUGCGAAGCAACAGCUAGACGGAACCUUUGUGUUCAGCGAAGCUGACUUGCAUCGGGGUGUGAACAAAUGGACGGACCAACUUCAGUGGGCUGACAAAACAGAAGAAUUUACUGUGUGCGGUGCAACUGUCCGUUUCGUUCACCUGAAGCCUUCCCACGAUGCCGAAUUUGGUAGCAAUGGCAUUGCUCCUCGCCAUCCUAUUGUUUUUCUCCAUGGUAAUCCAAGUUGGACCUAUAUGUGGAGAAACGUGAUUCCCCCUUUAGUUGAUCAAGGCCACGAAGUUUACGCUAUUGACUGGCUAGGCCAUGGCCGGAGUGAUAAGAUUGCAGUUCCCGAACUGUGCAAUUUUGAACUGCAUAUGCGGACUUUGAGGGAAUUCUUCUCUUUCACAGACCUGAAGAAUGCCACGGUUGUUGCGCACGACUGGGGCGGUUGUAUCGCCCUGUGUACGCUACCUUCACUUCCUCAUGGCACAUGUACAGGUCUGUUCUUGCUCGACACAUUCCUGCCACCUCGAGUCAGCGAGAUGAGCUUGCACUGUGGUCUUCUCUACGUGAUUUGGUUCUUGACCGGAGGCAUACUGGGUCGAUAUAUCCCUGAGCCGGCAAUCAUGUACUUCAUGUAUCCUCACAUUGCGUUGAGUGAUGUUGAAGCCUAUGCUGCUCCCUACCGGGAGAUGCCUAUAUCAGCAAAGAGCAGCGUCUUCCGGUUCGGCCAUAUAGUUCCAGGUACGCCACGGACGGUGCUGCAGUCUGUCCGAUACAAGAAAUUCUGGAAAAUUCUCGAGGGCCUCUGUGGUCCCAAAAAUUUUGACAUCCUCGAUGCUCAAAGCCGUCUUGCUAUGCUUGACGACAAGACACGGGAAUUCUGGGGCCGCGGCGCAAACAAGAGCUAUUUGAAAACGGUGAUCGCUUUCGGCAGCAAUGAUCCUCUUUUGAUUGACUACAAAGAUAUUCUUUUAGAGACUAUCAACGCUCGACUUAUGGUAGACUGGGCUGUGAAUGGCAUUUGGCUGGCUGGUGGAGGUCAUUACCCGACGGAGGACAAGCCAGAGCAUAUUGCCAACCUUGUAUCGCGGCUCGCUUACUCUUGA